AUGACAACAAUUAAUAACGAUUCCCAAUCGACACCUAAUAUUCCACCACCACCUCCGUUUCCACCGAUAAUAAGCGUGAAUGAUUGUUUAAGCAUACCUGCUGUUCGCAUUCAUGGACGUAGCCCGAAUUCUUUUUUCAUAUAUCGAAAAGCGUUCACUCGUCAUCUUCUGCAACUGAAUUAUCAUUUGCAAAUGACCCAAGUUUCCCAAUUGGCCUCAACGUAUUGGCAAAACGAGCCACUUGAUGUCAAAGAAGCGUACCAGACAUUGGCUCGGGACGUUAAUAGGGAAAUUAAUAGAAUUCGACAAAAUAGCCCACAAAAUUCGUUAAUAUAUAUGAACCCGCUGACACCGGAGAAUGUUGUGGACUCGAAGCAAACUUAUAUCACAACCGCAGGUCUAGACGCCAUUUUGGAAACCUCCGUGAGCGAGUCAAGUUGGGAUCAAGAGCUUUACGGAGAAAGCGCUCUAGAUUGGUACUUGAGAGAUAUCAACGAAAUUUAA